AUGGAAAUGGGCUGUGCUGAGGUGCACCACAGUCAUUUUCUUGAGCUGCAGAGUCGCAGGGAGAGAGAUAGGAGGAAGGCGAAGCCAACUCGAAGACGUAGGAAGAAGCAGAGAAACCCUCCCCUUCAUCUCUUUCUAUCUGAGCUUUCGCUUUACCUUUUCUUUCCUCUCUAGAAGCCGCUCGAUAUUUUCAUCUAUCCUCGUUCUGUUCGCCUGCUCCUUUGACAAGGCGCCCGCUGCAAUCGUUUGAAGAAUUGGGAAGAAAGGUCUUUAUUACGCGGUGGAUUGUGGUGCCGGGUGGCGAUUCAAGACUAAAUACCGCUGCAGGAGACUGGAGGACGAGGAGAUCCCUAGAUCCGCCUAGCCCUUCGCCGGCCGGCGGGUCGGCAGAUCUCGAAUGGAUUGCUAGGGUUAGAGUUUUCCGAAGGGGGGCGUGCGGAAGGACGGUUAAUUGGUUAUAGAAAAAGUUUAUCAUGGUGUCGAGGGGGCUGUUUGGGUGGUCGCCGCCCCACAUGCAGCCGUUAACACCGGUUUCAGAAGUGUCGGAACCGCCGGAAUCGCCGUCGCCGUACAUGGAAUCCGGGUUGGAGGCGUUUCCGGUGGAGGACGACGGUCCGGUCGACGAGGUGGAAGAGGUCGAGCCGCCACCGGCCGCUGUGCCGUUCUCGAGAUUGUUCGCGUGUGCUGAUUGGUUCGAUUGGUUUCUUAUGUUGAUCGGGGCACUGGCCGCGGCGGCGCACGGGAUGGCGCUGGUUAUUUACUUGCAUUACUUUGGGAAGUCGAUCAAUUUGCUUAGUCCGCGUAAUUUGCACAAUAGAACUCCGGAUGAGAUAUUUGAUCAAUUUAAGCAGCAUGCCCUGUACAUUGUUUAUAUAGCCUCUGGUGUUUUUGCGGCUGCAUGGAUUGAGGUCUCUUGUUGGAUUUUUACCGGAGAGAGGCAGACUGCAGUUAUCAGAUCAAAGUAUGUCCAAGUUCUACUGAACCAGGACAUGAGUUUUUUUGAUACGUACGGGAAUAAUGGUGACAUUGUCAGUCAAGUGCUAAGUGAUGUGUUACUUAUUCAAUCUGCUCUUAGUGAGAAGGUUGGAAAUUACAUACAUAACAUGGCUACCUUUUUUGGCGGUCUUGUUAUUGGUCUUAUCAACUGCUGGCAAAUUGCACUUUUGACACUUGCUACUGGUCCAUUCAUUGUUGCUGCUGGUGGAAUAUCAAACAUAUUUCUCCAUAGACUUGCUGAGAACAUUCAAGAUGCUUAUGCUGAAGCUGCAAGCAUAGCAGAGCAGGCCAUCUCUUACAUUAGAACUUUGUAUGCCUUUACCAAUGAGACGUUAGCAAAGUAUUCAUAUGCUACAUCACUUCAAGCAACACUGAGAUAUGGGAUAUUGAUCAGUCUUGUGCAAGGCCUCGGGCUUGGCUUUACAUAUGGACUUGCCAUAUGUUGUUGUGCUUUACAGCUUUGGGUUGGCAGGUUCCUGAUAUCUAAUGGAAAAGCAAAUGGUGGUGAAAUCAUAACGGCUCUAUUUGCUGUGAUUUUGAGUGGCCUUGGACUAAAUCAAGCAGCAACAAACUUCUAUUCAUUUGAGCAAGGGCGGAUUGCUGCUUAUAGACUUUUUGAGAUGAUAAGUCGUUCAAGUUCUACUGUCAAUCAUGAUGGAAAUACACUAGCUUCUGUGCAAGGAAACAUUGAAUUUCGCAAUGUCUAUUUCAGUUACUUGUCUCGUCCUGAAAUACCCAUACUAAGUGGCUUCUACUUGACUGUACCUGCGAGAAAAACUGUGGCACUUGUUGGCAGGAAUGGUUCUGGAAAAAGUAGCAUAAUUCCUCUUAUGGAACGUUUCUAUGAUCCCACGUUAGGUGAAGUACUUUUGGAUGGAGAAAAUAUAAAGAAUUUGAAGCUCGAGUGGUUAAGAAGUCAAAUAGGACUUGUCACUCAGGAGCCAGCAUUAUUAAGCCUGAGUAUUAGGGAUAACAUUGCAUAUGGAAGAUCUGCUACUUUUGAUCAGAUUGAGGAGGCUGCGAAGACAGCACAUGCACAUACAUUUAUCACCUCACUGGAAAAAGGAUAUGAUACACAGAUUGGUAGGGCUGGUUUAGCUCUCACUGAAGAGCAAAACAUAAAGCUUUCUAUUGCUCGAGCUGUGCUUUCAAAUCCAUCUAUUCUUCUUCUGGAUGAGGUCACAGGUGGUCUUGAUUUUGAGGCAGAAAGAGCUGUUCAGGAAGCGUUAGAUAUACUCAUGCUUGGAAGAUCAACUAUAAUCAUAGCUAGGCGGCUUGGCCUUAUAAGAAAUGCUGACUAUAUAGCAGUGAUGGAGGAAGGUCAACUCAUUGAAAUGGGUACACACGAAGAGUUGCUUACACUGGAUGGCCUCUAUGCAGAACUCCUAAGAUGUGAAGAAGCAUCAAAGCUCCCUAAAAGGACCCCAAUUAGGAACUAUAAAGAGCUGACAACUUUUCAAAUUGAAAAGGAUUCCCUUGCAAGUCAUUUCGUCCAAGAGCCAUCAUCGCCCAAAAUGGUGAAGUCGUCCUCGCUUCAGCGGGCUCAUGUAUCUCCAACUCUUAGGCAGAUAGAUGGAAAUCACUGCUCACAGGACUCACCAAAGGUUCACAGCCCACCUUCGGAGCAAAUGAUAGAAAAUGGGAUGCCUAUGGAAGGUGCAGAAAGUGUGCCAUCCAUCAAACGACAAGAUAGUUUUGAAAUGAGGCUGCCUGAGCUUCCCAAGAUUGAUGUACAUUCCCUGAAUAGGCAGAUGUCUAAUCCUUCCAAUCCAGAAUCUCCUGUCUCACCACUUCUGACAUCUGAUCCUAAAAAUGAGCGUUCCCAUUCACAGACUUUCAGCCGCCCUCUUAAUCAGUCUUGUGAAAUGCCUAUUAAACAGAGAUAUUCUAAGGACUCACAUAUGCCGAAAGAACCAUCAUUUUGGAGGCUUGCUCAGCUAAGCUUUGCAGAAUGGCUUUAUGCUCUUUUGGGAAGCAUUGGUGCGGCUAUUUUUGGAUCAUUUAAUCCUCUUCUUGCCUACACUAUUGCAUUGACAGUCGCAGCAUAUUAUAGAAUUGGCGUAGAAGAUGUUCAAAAUGAAGUGAACAAAUGGUGUUUGAUCAUUGCUUGUAUGGGCUUUAUCACAGUGCUUGCCAACUUUUUGCAGCAUUUCUAUUUCGGUAUUAUGGGGGAAAAAAUGACUGAACGAGUUAGGAGGAUGAUGUUCUCAGCAAUGCUCCAUAAUGAAGUAGGAUGGUAUGAUGAAGAUGAGAACAGUGCAGAUACAUUAUCCAUGCGCUUGGCUAAUGAUGCCACUUUUGUCCGAGCUGCUUUCAGUAAUAGACUUUCUAUAUUCAUACAAGACACUUCAGCUGUUGUUGUGGCUAUUUUGAUUGGAAUGCUGCUCCAAUGGCGGGUUGCACUAAUUGCAUUGGCCACUUUACCUAUUCUUACUGUUUCUGCUGUUGCGCAGAAAUUGUGGCUUGCUGGGUUUUCAAGGGGCAUCCAGGAGAUGCACAGGAAAGCCUCUUUGGUCCUAGAAGAUGCUGUUAGAAACAUCUACACCGUUGUGGCAUUUUGUGCUGGUAACAAGGUGAUGGAACUUUACAGAUUGCAGCUUGGUAGAAUUUUGAGCAAAAGCUUUCUCCAUGGAGUGGGCAUCGGUUUCGCCUUUGGCUUCUCACAAUUCCUUCUUUUUGCCUGCAAUGCACUGCUACUCUGGUACAUCUCUUUGUCCGUACAUGACGGCCGGCUCAAAUUAGUCACAGCACUCAAAGAAUACAUGGUUUUUUCUUUUGCAACUUUCGCAUUAGUGGAGCCUUUUGGUUUGGCUCCUUAUAUUCUGAAAAGGAGGAAAUCCCUCAUUUCAGUAUUUGAAAUCAUCGACCGUGUUCCUACUAUUGAUCCAGAUGAUAAUACUGGUGUUAAACCUCCUUCUGUAUAUGGUAGCAUUGAGUUCAAGAAUGUUGAUUUCUGCUACCCAACUCGUCCAGAAGUGAUGCUGUUGAACAAUUUCAGUCUUAAAAUCGACGGGGGACAAACGCUGGCUGUGGUGGGUGUUUCAGGUUCUGGAAAGAGCGCGAUAAUAUCCCUGAUUGAAAGAUUCUACGAUCCCGUUGGUGGCCAGAUCCUAUUGGAUGGCCGCGAUCUAAAACAAUUCAAUAUAAGAUGGUUAAGGAGCCACAUGGGUUUAGUACAGCAGGAGCCCAUCAUGUUCUCCACAACCAUAAGGGAAAAUAUCAUAUAUGCCAGACAUAACGCCACAGAAGCUGAAAUGAAGGAAGCAGCUAGAAUAGCCAAUGCUCACCAUUUCAUCAGCAGUUUGCCCCAUGGUUAUGACACUCAUGUGGGAAUGAGAGGAGUAGACUUAACUCCUGGGCAGAAGCAGAGGAUCGCAAUUGCUCGAGUCGUACUGAAAAACGCGCCCAUCUUGCUACUAGAUGAGGCUAGCUCUGCGAUUGAGUCCGAGUCCAGCCGGGUCGUGCAGGAAGCCCUCGACACCCUAGUCAUGGGAAACAAAACCACCAUUAUGAUUGCACAUAGAGCUCCCAUGAUGAGACAUGUUGACAAUAUUGUGGUUCUUAAUGGUGCCAAGAUUGUCGAGCAGGGCACGCAUGAUUCUUUGGUGCAAAUGAAUGGCCUCUAUGUUCGGCUAAUGCAGCCUCAUUUCAGUAAAGGACUUCGGCAGCAUCAUCGGCUUGUGUGAGAAUUUCAUUAUACGAAGUUUGUAAAUUAUUUUAGAUCAAAUUGAAUGCUCCUGAGGCUUCAGAAGGCAUCCAGCUUUGUUACGAGAAUUGUACAUUGGGUGAAAAGGGAUGGUCUGGUGAGAACUUGUUAUCGUUUUGUGUGGCUUCUUGUUCUUGAAAUUGUUUAGAUAGAUUCUGGGUUUGAGGUUUGUGUAAUGGUGAAGAUGGCUUGCUAGGAUUAAUGCAAUUCUUUUUGAGGCUUUGUAAUCUCCGUGUGGGGAUUUUAUUUGCCUCCUUAUUGUAUUAAUUUGUUUAAACAGGAAAAGGGCGGUGAUGUAUUUUUUCUUGAGUCGCUUUUAUAUUGUUUGAUGUUCAUUUCUA